CGGUGGAAAAAAUUACCGAUUGAAGAUUUGCAUUGUACACUGUGUGAAAAAUGCUGAAAUUUUGGGUUUUUCCGCGCAUUUGCAGAACUAUUUUCACUGAAGGUCAGUACAGAAAUCAUCUUUGCUCUCUGCCGAAGGCAAAUGUGUCGGGAAACUGGAGAAUCAUUCAGCACAGGAGCUUUUCCAGUGUGCGAACCAGAUAUAUAACUCCUUGGCAAUGGUUCUUAUUGGUCAUCCCUGCUUCCACCUUCAGCCUGGGUUGCUGGCAAGUGCAGCGGAAGAAGUGGAAAGAAGGUCUGAUAGCGGAAUUGGGUGAGAAAACUCAACUGCCGGCAAUUGAGCUGCCUGAAAAUCUGGAUGAACUGGAGAAUCUGGAGUAUCGUUCGGUGAUUGUCCGAGGGCAUUUUCUGCACGACAGGGAAAUCUUCAUGGGUCCGCGGAGUCUUAUUCAGCACGGCGACGGAACCACCAAGUCGAGCGUGUUCUCCAAGCAGGGAAACACCAGUGGUUAUCUCGUGGUGACUCCGCUGAAGCUCGAGGGGAGAGAGGAAAUCAUCCUCGUGAAUCGCGGCUGGGUGCCGAAGAAUCGCAUGAAAGCCUCAUCCAGAGCCGAAGGACAAGUCUCAGAAGCAGUGGAAUUGGUGGGAAUUGUGAGAUUAGGCGAAGCACGGCCACAAUUCACGCCGGAGAGCAAAGGAAAGCACUUCUUGUACCGUGAUUUGGCCAAAAUGUGCGCAAUCACGGGCGCAAGUCCGUAUUUUCUGGACGCUGUGGAAUCCUCAUCCCUCCCUGGAGGUCCAAUCGGUGGCCAGACGCGUGUCACCAUGAGAAAUGAGCAUCUCUCGUACAUUAUCACGUGGUUUGGCCUGUCAGGCGGCACGGCAUUUAUGUGGUAUCGACAGAUCUUCAGGAGAAAGGCUUUCUAGAGUCUCUCU